AUGCAGAAGGUUGGCGGGCUUGAUAUGCCCAGGAAAUCCUCUAUCCUUGAUGGCUUUGCCGUGAUAUGGUGCGUGGUGUUUGGAUUAUUCAUCGUAAUUGCACCAGUGAUGGCUUGUCCCACGACUUGUCACUGCAUGGAGAAGAGUGGAAAGACCGUGGUCCAAUGUAUUUCCCGUAACUUGGACAUCAUACCACCUGAUCUCCCAAGAGAUACCGUCAUCCUACUUUUGGCGUCCAACCACAUCACCCACAUCCCCAACCAAGCCUUCAAGGACCUGCACUACCUGCAGGAGCUGGACCUGUCCAACAAUGACAUUGAAUUGGUGGACCUCGGAGCUUUCCAAGGCGUUUCUGACAGCCUCCUUUUUCUGGAUCUAUCGAACAAUCGGAUCCAAAGUGUCCCUAAAGAGGCAUUUGCGCGACUUCGGGCAAAAAUUAGCCUCUCGAACAACCCGUGGCACUGCGAGUGCACGCUGCAGGAGGUGCUGAGGGAGCUACGGUUGGACCCUGAGACGGUGAACGAGGUGAUGUGCCACACAGCGGUGCAGGAGGAGUACGCUGGCAAACCGGUGAUCCAGGUGCUGGACUCAGGGAUCAACUUCUGCAACUUCCACCACAAGACCACCGACGUAGCCAUGUUCGUCACCAUGUUCGGGUGGUUCACCAUGGUGAUCGCGUACGUCAUCUACUAUGUGAGACACAAUCAGGAGGACGCUAGGAGGCACCUGGAGUACCUCAAGUCACUGCCAAGCAGUUCUCAGAUCAGCAAGGACUUUGACACCAUCAGCACUGUUCUCUAG